AUGGACAGUAAAACAGCCCCUGCAGCUGAUUGGAGGAGACCUACAGCUCCUCCCACCUAUUCCUCAAGCCUAUCAGAGACAGCGGCAGGGUCAAGGUCAAGUCCUCUGGACCGAGCAGGCUUCCUGUCCUUCAGCACCAUGUCCUGGAUGACUCCUGUGAUGUGGUCCAUGUCCAGGAAACAGCUGGACUUCAGCUCACUCAGUCUGUCUCCUCUGGACGGAGCCCACGUCAAUGGUGACAGGCUUCAGACGCUCUGGGAACAGGAAGUGUGUGCAGUCGGUCUACAGAAAGCGUCUCUGACUCGAGUGUUGCUUCGUUUCCAGGGAGACCGACUUCUUCUGGUCCUCGUCAUCACCGUCCUCUUCAUGUUGGCCCUGUUUGUUGGUUCAGGCGUCCUGGUCCAUGAGAUCCUCAGUUACGUGGUCCACCCAGAGAUGUGGUCAGUGUUCAGGGGCGUGGCUCUGUGUCUGGUUCUGGUCUUUGUGGAGCUCUUCAGAGUCGGCUGCCUCAGUCUGAGCUGGGCCAUGAACCUGAGGACAGGGAUCAGGCUGAAGGCAGGUUUCUGUAUGCUGGGCUUCAACAAGAUCAUCUCUCUGAGGACACACACCGGAGUCUCUUUGGGACAGAUGGUCCAUGUCCUCACCAGUGACAGUUACCGGGUCUUUGAGGCCGUCCUGUUGGGUCCUCUGGUUCUGCCGUUCCCUCUGCUGCUCAUCAUCUGCUCCGUCUACUCCUGCUACAUCCUGGACUACACCGCCCUCAUCGGCUUCUUCAUCUUCCUUAUCUUCAUCCUGCUGCAGUUAGUGUUUGCCAGGCUCAUUAACGUGUACCAGCAGAGAGCUUCAGCCAUCACAGACACUAGAGUCCGAACCAUGAGCGAGGUCCUCACCUGCAUCAAACUCAUCAAGAUGUACGUGUGGGAGGAGUCAUUCGAGAGGAAGAUCACAGAAAUCAGGACAGCAGAGAGAAGGAUUUUGGAAAAGGCUGCCCUCAUCCAGAACUUCAGUGUGACCAUCAGCCCCCUCGUCCCCAUCAUCGCCGCCACCUGCACCUUCAUCGUUCACACCUGGUUGGGUUUGCCUCUCAGCACCAGCACAGCUUUUCCUGUCGUCACCAUUUUCAACUGCAUGAGGUUCAUUCUGUCCAUGUCGCCCACGGCGGUCAAGUUCCUGGCUGAAGCUGCUGUUUCAGUGACUCGUCUCAAGAGGUUACUGCUGAUAGAGAAUCCGGAGUCGUACGUCAUCCAGAAGACAGACCACAGGUCAGAAGCCAUCAUCAUGGACAAGGCCACACUAUCCUGGACUAAACCACUCCACCCCCACAACACAGAGGACAGGGACGACCUGGAUAACAAAAGCAGACACACUGAAGUGAUGCCCACCCUGAGAAGUGUCUCCUUCACCCUCAACAAGGGCAAACUGCUGGGUGUGUGUGGGAAUGUUGGCAGUGGGAAGACGUCGCUGAUCUGCAGUCUGUUAGAACAGAUGCACCUGCAUCAGGGAUCAGUCUCAGUUGACGGAUCAAUCGCCUACACUUCCCAGCAGGCCUGGGUCUUCUAUGGGACUGUCCAGGACAACAUACUGAUGGGGGAACCUUUGGACCGCUCCAGGUACAACAGAGUCCUGAGCAGCUGUAACCUGGAGGCCGACCUCCGCAUCCUGCCUCACAGGGAUCAGACUGUGUUAGGAGAGCAGGGGGUGAGCCUGUCAGGGGGGCAGAAACAAAGGAUCAGUCUGGCCAGAGCUGUCUACUCCAACAAAGACAUCUACCUGCUGGACGACCCGCUAUCAGCUGUGGACGCCCAUGCAGGGAAACACAUCUUUGAGGAGUGCAUAAAGAAAGAUCUGCAGGGGAAGUCCAUCAUACUGGUCACCCACCAGCUGCAGUACAUGGAGUUCUGUGAUGAGGUCCUGGUCCUGAAGGAUGGCUCGGUCCUGGAGACAGGAAGUCACCUGGACCUGAUGAAGGUGGAGGGACACUAUGCUGAGCUCAUCACCAAACACCUGAAGGAGCAAACCACAGGUGUGAUCCAGCUGAAGAGGGGGGUGUGGUUUGUUUCCGUGACGAUCCAGCUGAAGAGGGGGGUGUGGUGUUUAGCUCCGCCUUCUGUUGAUGAUGCAUUCUUCUCUCUGGACCUCACAGCGUUGGACAUGACAGAUGAAAACACAGACGCACCUUCACCUGACUGCAGAGCUGCUGAUCAGCUGAUCGAUCAGGAGGAACAACACACGAGUUUGGUCACAUUGGAGAACGUCCACCAGUACAACAAGGCAGCAGGAGCUGCUGAUCAGCUGAUCGAUCAGGAGAACAACACACGAGGUUUGGUCACAUGGAGAACGUUCCACCAGUACAACAAGGCAGCAGGAGGAUUCUGCGUGAGCUUCUUCAUCCUCCUCAUCUUCAUCGUCCUCAUCACUAAUGCAGCUUUGAGCUACUGGUGGCUCAGCUACUGGCUCUCCCAGGGUCACGGGACUGCCAACGUGACAGCGUCGGAGCAAGGCAACGUCUCAGUGAACGGCGACCUUCUCUUCUACCAGCUGAUGUUCGCUCUGAUCAUCGUCCUCCUGCUGAGCGUCUGCACGCUCAAAUGUCUCUGCUUCAUCAAGAUCACGUCCCACGCCGCCACCACGCUGCACAACUGCCUGCUGAGGAAGAUCCUGGACAGCCCGAUGAGGUUCUUUGAGUGGAAUCCGAUGGGACGCAUCCUCAGCUGUUUCUCCAGGUACCAGGACGAGGUGGAUUCUUUAGUCCCUCACCACCUGAACGCUCUGCUUGUCUUCUGUCUGAUCGCCGUCUGUGCCUGCGUCGUCACCUCCGUCAUCUUCCCCAUCGUGCUGCUGCCGCUGCUCCUCCUCAUCACGCUCUUCGCUCUGCUCCUGAGGAUGUUCCUGAGAAACAUCUGUGAGUUAAAGAAGAUGGAGAACAUCAGUCGUUCUCCCUGCAUCUCUCUGUGCUCCUCCAUCGCUCAGGGCCUCAGCACCAUCCAGGCCUACAACAAGACAUGGCAGUACACACAACUGUUUCAGAGACUCUCUGACAUCAACGCCAACCACUUCCUGCUCUUUAACUACGCCAUGCGUUGGCUGUGUUUCCUAGUCGACUCUCUGUGCGCUGUCAUGGCGCUGCCGGUUGCUCUGCUUGUCAUCUUCAGCUCCAAUGAUAUCCGCAGCCCCCCCAUGAAAGCCCUCGCCCUGUGCUUCAUCGUCCAGCUGACCAGUAAUUGUCAGUAUAUGAUCCAGUCCCUGAUGGAGGUGGAGGCCCGGUUCAUCUCUGUGGAGCGGCUGCUCGAGUACAUCACGGGUUGUGAGUCAGAGGGCUCUGGGCCGGUGGGCCAGGUGGACCAGGUCUCAGAGGACUGGCCUCAGUGUGGAGCCAUCACCUUCCAGGACUAUCAGAUGAGGUACAGCCAAAACUCACCUGUCGUCCUCAACGGGCUGCAGCUCCACGUCAGCGGCGGGGAGAAGCUGGGCAUCGUGGGAAAGACCGGGUCUGGUAAGUCGUCUCUAGCGGCGGCUCUGUUCCGACUGGUGGAACCAGCUGCAGGAAGGAUCCUGAUCGACGGAGUGGACAUCACGUCCAUCAGUCUGUCUGACCUCCGCAGAAAACUGUCAAUCAUCCCCCAGGACCCUGUGCUGUUCACCGGGACUGUCAGGUACAACCUGGACCCGUUCAGUGUCCACAGUGAUGAAGAGGUGUGGGCAGCUCUGGAGAAGACCUACAUGAAGGACACAGUCUCAGGUCUGGAUGGGAAACUUCAGGCCGAGCUGACACAGGACGAAGGGACGUUCUCUGCGGGACAGAGACAGCUGAUGUGUCUGAGCCGAGCUCUGCUCCGAAACUCCAAGAUUGUCCUGUUGGACGAGGCCUCGGCGUCUGUUGAUGCAGAGACGGACUCUCUGAUCCAGAUCACCAUCAGAGACUCCUUCCAGCACUGCACCACACUGACCAUCGCUCACCGCAUCCACACAAUCCUGCAGGUGGACCGGGUCCUGGUCCUCGACCACGGACAGGUCAUAGAGUUCGAUCAUCCAGACGUGUUGAAACAAAGACCAGACUCGCUGUUCUCCUCCCUGCUGACUGCUGCUAACACUGUGAUGUCCUGA